AUGUUGAACAUCUUGCUUCAAUAUGCUCCGAACUGGACAGAGAACAUCACAUGGCUCAUCGUCGUCGCCUUCGUGUUCGCCUUCUUCGUCUCGUACGGUCAGUUAUUGAGCGUCUGAAGAUUGUUUCAGGCCAUUUCUUUUAGGUAUGGGAGCCAAUGAUUCCUGUAACGAUUGGGGACCGGCGGUGGGAGCUGGAACUGUGAAGCUCUACCAAGCCUAUAUUCUUUCCGGAAUUCUCAACGUCCUCGGAGCUGUUCUACUAGGUAAUUAUGCCGCAAAAGAAAACAGUAGCGGGUUGCGGGUCCGAAACCCGAAUCACUUUGUGACCGGUCAAUCAGCUGUGUCUCUCUGCUUCUCUUCCGUUCCAACAUCUUUUGUUAGCAAUCUCAUGAGAAAGAGAAGAGAAGAAAAACGAAGAUAAAUGCGUUCCGCAAGUGAUUUUCUCCUUUUCCUCAGUGAGUGAGUUUGACCGGUCACCUGGCGACCAGCCAAAGUGCCCUUGACAUAAUAAUAAACAAACGGUAGGUGAGGGGAAUGUGUCAUGAGGGAAGGAAAUUGAAAUAGAGAGAGAGAGAGAGAGUGGGGCGACAGAGUCAUGAAUAAUUUAUGGCACCUUGGGUCUUCCUCUUACUGUGAAAUCUGUGAAAAAGGACAAUAGCGGCCCAAAAAAACCAGUUUCACCUUGCCAUUGAUGUUGGUGUCACCGAAAAAGUGCGAGAAGUUUCUUCAAUGGAAAGGUCAUUAGAAGUGCUUGUUUUUGUCAACUCUUGAAUCAGAAAAAGUCUGAAUUCACAAUAAUCUCGUUUCAGGCUACAAAAUUGUGGAAACGUUGCGAACGGGAAUCAUUGAGUUCGACAUUUUCGACGUCUACGCCCAGUACAACCACACGAGCCACAAGUACGAUGUGGUGGAUCAUUGUGGCAACGCGACAAUGAUCGGCGGAUGGAGAGCCCCGGACAUUCUUCCAGGCGCCGUUCCUCUUGAGUGCGCCAAGUACACCUCCAUCGACUUUAUGCUCACCCAAACCGCUUCUCUCGCCGGCGUCGCCGCUUUCAUGAUCGCCUCCUCUUGCUACAAGAUUCCAGUGUCCGCUACUCACGCGAUCGUCGGAGCCUCGGUGGCCACCUCCUUCUACAUUCGUGGAAACGUCGGAAUCAAAUGGGCCGAGAUCAUCAAGAUUGUCGUCUCGUGGUUCAUCUCGCCAGUCAUCGCUGGACUCUUCGCCGGAGGACUCUAUUACAUUGUCAAGUAUUCCGUGCUCAUCAGAAAGGACACAUUCAAAUGGGCUCUCCGACUCUGCCCAAUCUUCAUGUGCUUCACUCUUGUCGUCAACUUGUACGCUUGCAUUUACGACGGAUCCAAGUGUAAGUACGUACACAUUUUCACUGUCUAGACUCAAUUUUCAGACCUCGGACUUGAUAGGCUCAACUGGUGGGAGGCGCUCAUUCUCUCCUGCGCUAUCGGAAUCGCCGGAUGGGCCAUCCUCACGUUCCCGCUCAAGAACUGGCUUCCGAACCGUGCGAAGAGACUUUACGACAAGGAAACGAUCAAAAUGCAGAAGCGAAUCGAGUCCGGGAAGCCACCAAAGAGCAACAAGAUUCAAGAUAUGCGUGAGCCAGACGUCGCCGACAAUAUCAAGGAGCUACCAUGGUACAAAUACUUCUGGGCCUACGUGCCAGAGGAUCGUCUCACCAAGAAAGUGUUCAACACCCUUCAAAUCGUCUCCUCCUCCAUGCUUUCCUUCACGCACGGAGCCAACGACACCGGCAACACAAUCUCGCCGCUUCUCGCCAUUUGGCUGUGCUACGAGUCCGGAUACGCGUUCGGAAACGCCGAGACUCGCGACGACACCCAGCUCCUCCUCGGAUACGGAUCGCUCGCCAUGAUCGUCGGAUUCGUGACCCUCGGACAUCGUACCAUCAAGCUGCUCGCUCAUGAGAUGACCAUCGACAUGUCGCCAAUCUCCGGAUUCUGCAUUGAAGUCGGUACCGCGUUCACCGUUCUCGUGUGCGUCAAACUCGGAAUCCCAAUCUCGUCGACACACUGCACCGUCGGAGCUGUCGUGUUCGUCGGAAUGGCCAAGUCGACCAGCGAGGGAGUCUCCUUCGCCACUUUCCGAAAGAUCUGCUUCUUCUGGCUGCUCUGCUUCCCAAUGUCGGCCAUCAUCGGCGUCAUCACCACAAUCAUCCUACAGCAGUUCAUUUAA